AUGGCAGAGAAGCGGCGCUCCCCGUGCGCGCUCAGCGUCAAGGCGCACGCUUUCUCUGUGGAGGCGCUGAUCGGGGAGAAGAGACGGAGGAGCAGUGGGGAAGAGGCUCCGUCCCCGGGGCUGUGUGAGCUGAGCCCCGCGCCGAGAGCCUCCUGUGCCAGCGAGAGGAGCGAGGACUGCAGCGACGGCUCCCCCGAGAGCGAGGACGUGUUGUUGGAGAGUCCACAGCCAUCGCUUCCGUGCCCGGGUCCCGGGAGUGGGGCCGGUGGGGCUGAGGACGCGCGAGUGGAUCUACAAGGCUCUGAUCUGUGGAAACGGUUUCACGAGAUUGGCACGGAAAUGAUUAUUACCAAAGCAGGACGGAGGAUGUUUCCAGCUAUGCGCGUAAAAAUCACAGGCUUGGAUCCGCACCAGCAGUAUUACAUCGCUAUGGACAUAAUCCCAGUGGACAACAAGCGCUAUAGGUAUGUGUACCACAGCUCGAAGUGGAUGGUAGCCGGUAAUGCAGACUCUCCGGUUCCUCCGAGGGUCUACAUCCAUCCGGACUCCCCCGCCUCCGGAGAGACCUGGAUGAGACAAGUGGUCAGCUUCGACAAACUCAAACUGACCAACAAUGAGCUGGACGACCAAGGACAUAUCAUUCUCCACUCGAUGCACAAGUACCAGCCGCGGGUCCAUGUGAUCCGGAAGGAGUGUGGAGAGGAGCUGUCCCCGGUCAGAGCUAUUCCCAGCGGAGAGGGAACGCGCACUUUCUCCUUUCCCGAAACCGUGUUCACCACCGUCACCGCCUAUCAGAACCAGCAGAUCACACGUUUGAAAAUUGACAGGAAUCCGUUCGCCAAAGGCUUCAGAGACUCUGGCAGGAACCGGAUGGGUCUGGAGGCUUUGGUCGAAUCCUAUGCUUUCUGGCGUCCAUCUUUACGAACACUCACAUUUGAGGACAUCCCAGGCAUGGCCAAACAAGGAGUCCCGGGCGCUCACGGAGGAAUGGUGCCCACCUCGCCCUGCUCUUCCCCCUUCCAGGUGUGCCCACUCAGCCCGCCCGACUACACACGGCCAGCACACCCUCUCCAUCGCUACGGUAACGGCCCAGACCCCUUUCAGUCUCCGCGGGGCCCUUCGGCUUUCGACGCGGAAGGCUACUGCUCUUUGCCCCUUCCCACGUCACAGCUCGGAUACCUGUCCAACCCCUCCCCCCAGAGCUACGCCAGUCUCCGCCUGCACAGCCCGCCCUACGGCCUCUACGGCUACACGUUCCCGCCCUCGCCGCGUUUAGCUGCCAGUCCAGACAAAAUGGCGGCUGCGACAGUCAACCACCCGAGUUUCAUGGGCUCGUCUCCCAGCGGCACCCUGACGGACAGUAUCAGCGUGUUGAGUGCGGGACAGCAGGGCUUUCUCUUUGACUCACGGACUUUGGGGCUGGCCACGAGUCCAGGAGGGGCGGGGUCUCAGGUCACAGCCCACAUGAGCUGA